AUGCCACGCAUUCUGUGGCUGCUGGCCACGUUCGUGGUUCUGAUCCAGGCGGCUCCCCCGUUCCCAUUCGGGGAUGAGGUCAGUCAGGUCUACGAAACAACCGAUACUCUCCCGCUGCCCAACUUGGGCAACAUUGUUGCACACGAUCCCAAUAUAGUCCAGUCCAAUGGCUUCUACUAUCUCUUCAAGGGUGAUCCACAUCUCCCCUUCUUCAAGGCCGCCAAUAUGAGCGGGCCGUGGGAACUGGUUGGCCAUGUCUUCGACAAAGCCAGCAUUAUCCAGCACAAGGGAGCCCGCAAAAGGCCCUGGGCUCCGACGACUAUUGAGCACAAUGGCAUGUUUUACUGCUAUUACACGCUCAGCACACAUGGCUCUCGCGACAGCGCCAUUGGUGUCGCCACGACGACUACCCUGGACGGCAGUGCGUGGACAGACCACGGCGCGGUGAUUGAGACAGACGGGGGCAAGGACUCGGACGUUUACCCAUUCAACAUCACCAAUGCCAUCGACGCAUCUUUCAUCACCGAUCAAGCGACCGAGGAAUCGUACCUGAAUUGGGGCAGCUUCUGGCACGAUAUCUGGCAGUUGCCGCUCUCAGCGGAUCUAUUAUCUAUGAAAAAUCCUAUCGACCCAGACGCGGUGCAAUUGAGUUUUAUCCCGCACAAAAAGUCAAAGCCCGAGGAGGGGUCAUGGAUGAGCUACCACGACCCAUAUUACUACGUGUGGUUUAGCCACGGCAAAUGCUGUCGUUUUCAGAAAGGAUUUCCUGGGCGGGGUGAGGAGUACAGCAUUCGGGUUGGCCGGUCGCGAAAUGUGCGAGGGCCCUUCGUGGAUAAGAACAAUAAUCUCCUCCUUGAUGGUGGAGGCACGGUUGUCUAUGCCUCGAACAAUGGCAAGGUCUAUGCCCCUGGCGGAGUGGGCGUGUUGCCGGGCAUCAACGCCUCCACAUCCGAUAUUCUAUAUUUUCAUUAUCUGAACACCUCAAUUGGCUUCACAGAUCAGGUAUGCAUGCCAAAAACAUGGGACCGGAUGAAUGGGAAUUAA